UCAUAUUGUUAUCAGCAGCAGCUAACGCAAAGUCGGCAUAAAAUACGUGGCUUUUUAUCCGUUUUUUCUGAUCAUUCAAAAAGUAAUGUUCUGCCAUAGAUAGCUAUUAGCUUAAUGAACAUAACAAGCUAACAAUAUGUUAAUUGAACUGCUGCAAGUGGGCUGUUAUCUGUUGGGAGGUGUCGCUACAGCUGCCUCGCUGACGAUAAUGGUCUUGUUGUAUAAAUCAAAGCCUUUUCCAAUUAUAACACGCCACAAGGAUGAGAAAAGCUUUUUGGAUACUGACACAAUUAAAAACAUUGAAUUUCCCAGUUUAGAUGACUCGCCCACCUUGGAGUUGAGCGUCAUUGUGCCGGCUUACAAUGAGGAGCAGCGAUUGCCCGCUAUGCUAGAUGAGUGCAUGGCAUUUCUGGAUCAGAAGUCUAAAGAACAAGCGCAGUUCAGCUACGAGGUGAUUGUGGUUAGCGAUGGCAGCAGUGACUCGACUGUCUCUGUGGCUCUCCAAUACUCAAAGAAACAUGGCGCUGAUAAGUUUCGUGUUCUGGAGCUGGUGGAGAAUCGUGGCAAAGGUGGAGCCGUUCGGCUUGGCAUGCUAAGUGCACGCGGUCGUCAGCUGCUCUUCGCGGACGCGGAUGGAGCAACCAAAUUUGCAGACUAUGAGAAACUUGCGGAGGCUUUGGUCAGCUUGGCACCUGAAUGGCGACACGAUGGCAUCGCCAUUGGCUCAAGGGCUCACCUGGAAGAUGAGUCCAUUGCCAAACGCAGCUUUUUCCGUACUAUAUUGAUGCAUGGCUUCCAUACGCUCGUCUGGAUAUUUGCGGUGCGUUCUGUGAGGGACACCCAGUGCGGCUUUAAGCUCUUCACACGUGCCUCGGCCCGUAAGCUGUUUAAUAGCUUGCACGUUGAACGGUGGGCUUUCGAUGUGGAGCUUCUUUACUUGGCUGAACGUCUGCAUCUGCCCAUGUCGGAGGUUGCGGUGCGAUGGACAGAAAUCGAUGGCUCGAAACUAUCUCCUUUUUGGUCGUGGGUGCAAAUGGGCACUGAUUUGUUUAUGAUCUGGCUUCGUUAUAUGGUGGGUGCUUGGCGCAUUGCUGCUAGCGAAAAGAAGAAAAACUAAGUUGAAAUAUCGAAAUUAUUGCUAAGGACGCGCAUUUAACUUGUAAUUGAUUUUGUUCGCUAGUAACUUAAACCUUAAAACUUAUUAAAUUAAGUGCACAGUUUUCGAAAAAGUUUGCAUUUGAUUUUGGACUUAAUUAUUUAUUUAAGAACUAAUUUAUGGAAAGCAAGAUUAUUAAA